GUUAUUCAGCAAAUUAAAAUUAACAUAGUAAAUAUUUGUAAAGUUUGUUUGCCUUCUUAACUUAACUUAAAAACAAUGGCAAGCGGAAGUCAAGCUGAUCAAAGUAGAAAAAUAAAUAGCAACACUUUACAACCGCCUCCUCCAGCUGGUUUGAAGUCCUUAAUUGAUAUGCUACAUAGAAUUUAUCCCGAUCAGCCGAAUCCAUUGCAAGUUACCACUCUGCUUAAAUAUUGGCUUGGAGGUCAGGAUCCACUAGAUUACAUCUCCAUGUAUAACAAUGGUGGAGAUACGGAACGAGAUAUACCAGCGCACUGGCAUUACGUCAGUUUUGGAUUAAGUGAUUUGCAUGGCGAUGGCCGAGUGCACAGUUUGAAUAAUGAUAAUGCCGAAAUCAGCAAUCGCUCUGGAAUGGGAUUUGAGUUAACAUUUCGCUUGCAAAAAACUCGCGACGAAUUAAUGGAAGAACAAAAUCAUCCAGAAAAAGCGAUAAGACCGCCAACAUGGCCCGCAAAUCUUUUACAGAGUAUAGCCCGUUAUUGCUUUCAAACCGGUAAUGGAUUGUGUUUUGGCGAUAAUAUUCCCUGGCGCAGAAGCCUAGACGGCAAAAGCAAUUCACGACUACAAAAUAUUUUAAUCGCUCAAGACGCUCAAUUAGGUACGUUAGAUGGUCCCUUUGGUAUGGUGGAUUUUUGUCAAAUUGUCGGCGUUACGGACAUGGAAUUAGAACAGGCAUCACGAUGGAACGGUCGAGGAGUUUUGAACUAUUUAAGGCAAGAUGUACAAACUGGAGGCGAAUGGUUGAUCACAAGUAUGCAACGAAACUUAAGCCUCUUUGAAUUAUUUCCAGAGCGCUUGAUAUCGCUUCAGGAUGAUCUUGAGAAACAGGGAUCCGAUUUGGCUGGGGUAAACGCUGAAUUCACUUUCCGAGAAAUCACAAAUUCAUCACCAGCAUGUAAGGAAAUUAAAAAGGAAAUUGACUCACAAAGUCUCAACGCUCAAUGUAUGUCUGACGAAAAUAAUCAUAGCAUGCAGGAUUCUAAAACUAAACAACGCGAUGAAACGCCAUUUCCUGCGUCAAUGUCUAUAAGCAGUAAUUCAUUGCAUAAGUCAUGCCCGUUAGACUAUCAGCCCAAUACUCCCGAAUCUAUAUCACUCGAUGGCAUUGAGAUUACAUUAGCUCCUUAUGCCGCAAAAUAUCUUAUGUUAGCCAUUAAAGAUCGUAUACGACAUGGACGUCACUUCACUUUUAAGGCGCAGCACCUUGCGCUAACAUUUGUGGCUGAGUCUGUUACUGGUUCAUCAGUAUGUAAAUCUGCACCCUAUAGUGUUAUUGGAUAUUGGACACAAGUUCUAAUACCGGACGAUUUAGUUCCGCGGAUGAUAAAAGAUUUUCAAGACGCCAGCCUGGAAAUUGGUGUAGAAAAUGAGCAGCGCUUAGAGUUUAGAUGGCCCGACAAAAGUUUGAGUCUAAUAGUUGACCAACCCCGUUUUCCGGCAAUGCCUGAACCUACAAGUUUUUAAUUAUUACUAAACUUUUUUUAU